CACCUUCAAAUCGCUCAAGCCCUAAACUUAUCGAGAUGGGCUCGGGUUGCUUGGGUGUGUCGGCCCAAAUUUCACUUCUAAUUAGGAGUAACUGUAAGAAUAUUGGGCAGUCUAGGCGGCUUGUGGGAGAGAGAGAGAGAGAGAGAGAGAGAGAGAUGACAACGAUUCGAAGAUUUUGCUGCAACGAUCUUCUCCGUUUCGCAUCGGUGAAUCUUGACCAUCUCACUGAAACGUUCAACAUGUCGUUCUAUAUGACCUACCUCGCGAGAUGGCCGGACUAUUUUCACGUUGCCGAAGCUCCUGGAAAUCAAGUUAUGGGAUACAUUAUGGGAAAAGUUGAAGGGCAAGGUGAAUCUUGGCAUGGCCAUGUAACUGCAGUGACUGUUGCUCCUGAAUAUCGCAGACAGCAAUUGGCCAAGAAAUUGAUGAACCUGCUCGAAGAAAUAAGCGACAAGAUUGACAAGGCUUACUUUGUAGACCUGUUUGUGAGAGCAUCAAACACCCCAGCAAUAAAGAUGUAUGAAAAGCUGGGUUAUAUAAUCUACAGACGGGUACUGCGUUAUUACUCGGGGGAGGAAGAUGGGUUAGAUAUGAGGAAAGCAUUAUCUAGGGAUGUUGAAAAGAAAUCUGUUAUACCCCUCAAAAGACCAGUUACUCCAGAUGAAUUAGAGUAUGAUUAGUCCUGUUACUGACAUGUGGCUUUUAAAGCUGCAAAGACUAGGGUAUUGCAUGGAGAUAUGUAUGUUGAUUGAUCAUGUGUUGUGUCAUUGUGUGAGAUUUGGAUUUGGAAGUAAUAUUCUAGUGUCGAUAUGACGUGGACUGAGGAGCUUGCUUUGUAUCAUUAGAUUUUGAGUCGGCUUGCUGCUUGAUCUUGCACUUUUCCGCUUUUCCAACUGUGACCGCCUGACUGGAUAUUACUAUAGACAGGAUUGGCCUUUCACUGUGGUAGCCACAUUCAUUUUUCGCCCGUUCAUGUUUCUAGGAGGUGCAUAUUUUAAUAAAACGUUGCUUUAGACA